UAAAACUAAGGGACAAUAAUGAAGAGAACAAAGAGUUAACCUUCCUUCAAACAGAUAAUAUUUCUAAGAAAAUAGUUUCAGGAAAUGGGCAGAACAAUAAUACUAUAGAUUCGAACACUAGCACAAUGAAUUCAAAUACUAGCGAAGCAUCUUUUGAAACUUCUCUAAGAAAUAAUGAAAUCGAAAGUAAUACAAAAACCGUUUCCUCAGAAAACGAUCAGCAAAAAACUAUUCCAAGACUGAAACUUAAGUUUACCACUGACGAUUCCGAUGAGAUUGAGCUUACUAAAAAUCAGAAUAUAGAACUUGAUCUAAUAUGUGAUUUACAGAAUUGUAGUAUCGUUACUCCACCUAAUGAACAGCAUUUGACUAUAAAAUCUUCUGAAGUGUCUUGCAACCAAGUCACAACACAAAAUUUAAUCCAUUUAUUUAGGAAUACAGUACGGGUUGGACAUGAGGAGAUUUUAUCCUGGAUUUGUUAUUCAGAUAAUUUUGAAGAUAAAGUUGCUGAG